CCUCGCACACCGAGCAGACCUUAUCCGAGGCGCCGGUCCCCUUUACUCAAAUGUCCAAGACGGACAAGAAAGAACGGAUUGCCAGUGCCCUGGAAAUACUGGUUACCCAAACCGACCGAGAUCAUAUCAACGCGGUGAAUGGGAGAAACGAAUCGAGCGAACUCUUUCGCUCCUGGAUGGAUUUUUCCAUCCGGAUGACCAAGGUAGCCGAGGACCGGCUCACACUGGUGCAGGAGGUUCAGAGCCUGAAGGAGGCGGCUCGGAAGCACUUCGAGAGGUCUACCAGGCCAAGGAAGCUAAGCGUCUGGCCGAGCUCCGCUUGGAGGAAGCCAACAAAAAGAUUGAUGAUGGCGAGGCGACCUGGAAGCAAGAGAGGGAGGAUUGGCAGGUCGAAAGGACCAACCUUACUCUUGCCAAAGACAACGCUGAGUCCGCCAAAGCUACGGCCGAGACCAAGCAGGCUCAGGCCGAGAAGGACUUGGAAGAGGUCCGGCUCAAACUCUCCUCGGCCGAGGCUCAACUGAAGGAAGCCCAA